CCCGGGCGGUGCGGGCCGGCCCGGGCGCUCUUAUUGCGGGAGGGACGGACAGACGGAGGGCCGGAGGGCCAGAGGCGGUGCCGGAGCGUUACCGGCCGGCAGCGCACGGCCGCCAUGGGGCGGUACUCGGGCAAGACCUGCCGCCUCAUCUUCAUGCUGGUGCUCACCGCCGGCUUCUUCGUGGCCGAGCUGGUGUCCGGCUACCUGGGCAACUCCAUCGCGCUGGUGUCCGACUCCUUCAACAUGCUGUCGGACCUCAUCUCGCUGUGCGUGGGGCUCUCCACCGGGCGCAUCGCCCGCCGCAGCCGCCGCGGCCCCCGCGCCACCUACGGCUACAGCCGCGCCGAGGCGGUGGGAGCGCUCAGCAACGCCGUCUUCCUCACCGCGCUCUGCUUCACCAUCCUCGUCGACUCCGUCCUGCGCCUCGCCCGCCCCGAGCCCAUCGACGACGCCCAGCUGGUGCUCAUCGUCGGCACCCUGGGCCUGGCCGUCAACAUCGUGGGGCUCCUCGUCUUCCAGGACUGGGGCUCCUGCUGCCGCGGGCGGCGGCGCUGCCCCGCUCCUGCCGCGGCCGCCGCGCUGCCGGACGGCGAGGAGGAUGGAGCAGGUGAUUCACCAAACGACCAAAAGAGCCCUGAAGUGGGGUCUGAGAAGAAAAAAGAGAAAAAGUCUGAAGCCCUGAACAUCAGAGGUGUUCUUUUGCAUGUUAUGGGAGAUGCACUUGGAUCUGUGGUCGUGGUAGUUACUGCUGCUAUCUUCUAUGUACGUCCUCUGGGGGAUGCUCCUUGUAAUUGGCAGUGCUACAUUGAUCCAAGCCUGACAAUAGUCAUGGUGUUCAUCAUCUUGUCUUCUGCAUUCCCACUUAUAAAGGAGACCUCAACUAUUCUGUUGCAGAUGGUCCCCAAAGGUGUUGAUAUGCAGCUACUGACUGACAGACUAGCUCGUGUACCAGGGGUUAGCAGCCUCCACGAGGUGCACGUCUGGGAGCUUGCAAGUGGAAAGAACAUUGCCACCCUUCACAUCAAGUGCCAAACCCCUUCUGAUUACCAGGAUGCUUCUUACAAGAUGAGGAAGAUUUUCCACGAGGCAGGAGUGCACUCUGUGACCAUCCAGCCCGAGUAUGCUGACCACAAGACCUUACACCUGCAGUGCAGCUCGCCCUGCAUCUCCAAAGCCUGUGACUCUCAGCUGUGCUGCAGCCAGAGGGAGCCCCCCCGGGCUGAAACCAAUGGCUGCAGGGAGAAAAGUGCAAGCUGCCUUCCUGCUCAGCACAGAGACAGUGGUUCAAGGAAAAGUGACGUGGAAAUCCCUGUGGAGGACCCGGUGGCAGAGGAGAGAGUGAAAAAUUGUGACGUGUCUGAUGACAAAUCACAGCUGGGUAGUACAAGAUUUUAGGCAGUUUGCUCUGUUCUGUGUCGUGCUCUCAUGGAGCAAACACAUCCUGGUUGGGUAAGGGGGCAUCCGUGGUUGUAGCUGAAGUUGGUGAGGCAAAAAGAUUUCUGUGCUUUAGCUGUAAACCAAAAUACACCUAAACCCCCCUUGUACCUGAAAUAAGGAUUAAGAUUUCCAUCAGGGCUGUUGGAUUCAUGUGAUUUUUGUGAUGCAGCCUUACCCAGUUCCUUGCCAAACUAAGGCUGAAUGCCUCUGUCUGCACUGAUGUUUGCAGUUCAUGGCCUGUAGCACUGGGAAAGAACCUCUGGCCUUUCCUGCUGGGAUGAGCUGUUUCUUGAAAGCCCUGUGGCCAGUUAAUGAUUGUACUGGGCUGAAGUACUGUAUGUUUAUAAAGGACUUCAGUAGAGAUGCUUUAGAGAUCCUUAAACCCCAUUUCUGCAUGGACAAUUCAUUUUUAACAGUAACAAUGGUGGAGUUUGUGAAUGAAAUUAAGAGUGUCUAAGGGGAAGCACUCAGGAAUUUUGACUUGUGUUAUUUUCUUGAUCGACUCCUACAUUUAGGGACAGAGCAGAAGCUGGUCUUGCUUCUCUACAAGUAAUACUGCAGUCCCAGCCUAAUCACAGAUGAGCAUGUUGAGGAGUAAACUACUUGUCAUGAAAGCAAAAAGUACCUACUGAUGUUGUCUGUACUGAUUGUAGCAAAUGGAAAUGCAGGCAGUCAUCCAAUUAACUUUUAUCUUUUUCACUGUUGUGAUUGUACAACUAAGUCUUUUAAAAUUCUUCUUAUCCUUCUGACAGCACAAGUUCCAAGAGCCAUGGUCUAUUUCAUCAUUGUGCAGGAUGAUUGCAUUAUCUUUAACACUGUCAUUAUUCAUGCUGAAUAAAUAAGCUAAUGUGUUUAUUACCAACAGUUGAAAUUCUGCAAUUCUAUUAUAAAGGCAAAAUUUAAUAUUGUAUUAAUUAAGGAAGCACCUUUAAAGUCUUGUAUGCAGUAUUAUCACUUACAGGGAGCUUUAAAAACAUUAAACCAGGACAUUUUUCCUGGUUUGGUCUCAAUCAUUUCUUGUUGUCUGGUUUUAAAAGUCUUGGUGCUUUGAACCCUACCCUGUGCCCUGGCCCUCCUCCCCCUGCCCAAAGGUGUGUCUCAAAGUGUAUUUAGUGAAGCAGUUCACUAUCUUUUUGCUGCUUGCUUUUUCUGAAGGUCUGCAAAGGUGCUCUAAGGAAAACAAGGUGAUGUGCCCUGUCACCAUGCUGGAUUUCAGCCAGGUGUGGUCCACAGGUUUCUGGGAGGGGAAACCCACUACUCAAUCCACACUGGGUCUAGUGCUUGGUCUCCCUGGCUAUGCAGAUCAGAUCCAGAAGAUUUGAAAUAUAUUUUUCUGGCAAAAGCAGCCUUUCAGUGGUCUGUGUGGCCUGGACAGGCUGUUUUAUUCACUUAUUCACAGGGACACCUUUGUAAAGUAAUUGUGUUUUUACCUCAGUGACACCUUAACAGAAAGGGCAAAUUGGUUUCCAGCCUGGGCUGGAAAAAUAUCAGGACCUCCUUGAAAGGAUGGCUUAAAAGCAGCCAACUCCUUAUUAAUAAAGAUGAUUGCAAUAAUUCAAUGAAUAUUAAAACACAGCAGGGUAUUUUAUGCUUGGAAUAUAGUAUUUACUGAAGCAGUGAUUUCAGUCUAAAUAGCACAUUUCUAUAAAUAUAAUUCCCCCUUUUAAACAGAUUUUUGGACGAAUUAAAAUAUUUUAUACCAUUUCAUUGCAAGUUUGUAUCAUACAAAUUAACCUAUUUGUUAAUAUAACUAAGAGCUUGAUCCUCCAGCCUCUUUGAUUCCAUUGGCAGCAGCAGGAUCUUGCUUGGCAGGUACUGCACGAGUUAAUGCAAAUCAGGAAACAUUGUAAGAAUUGCUCUGCCUUUUAAAAGCAAGUGCCAUGAAGUAAGACAGCCCUUUCUUCUGUUCUUUUUUUCCCCCCUCUCUUUAUUUUCAUCUGUGAUGAUGCUUUGAUGUAAAUAACAAAUAUAUUUAUCAUGUUUUAGAGGACUGGAAUAGAAAUCUCCUAAAAUAACAACAAAGUCUAUGGGAGAACUUUCUUCCCAGAUAUUAUUUGAAACAAGCACCCUUUUAUAAUUAGGCAUAAUUAUUUGUAUUUUAAAUCAGGUAAUUUGAUAUAUAUGUGUAUGUGUAUAUAUACAUAUUUUUUAAAAUGGUUGAAAGCUGGAAUAGCAGUGUUUACUCUGGAAUUAAAGAAAACUAGUAUGUGUGAUGUUGGGGCAUACGUCAAAAUGGACAAUUUUUAUUCUUCAAGUGUUAAAACUGUGGCAAUGUAUUUUUAAGGACUUCUAAAGUGUUGUAACCUGAAAAUACAAUGAAAUAACAUACUUAAACUUUAUUUUCUCUUGUCUGGUUGAAUGUACUGUAACUGCUGCUUGUGAAUAAAUGGAAAAAUACCAGGGA